AUGAGCAGAAGCAACGGCAACUGCAACGGUGGCAGGAACGGGAGGCUGGAGCUCAACCUGAACCUGUCGCCUUCGCCGCCAGUGGCCGCAGCCGAGAGGAUGGAAGUGGACGGUGGUGAUGACGAUGAAUACAACGGAGACAGCAGUAACUACUCGCUGUCGCCGAGGUCGUGCAUGUCGUCGGACUCGGAUGACAGCCCUGGCGGCAUCAAGCCAUCGCCGAUGAUGAUAGGGGCGUGCGAGCGGUGCCUCAUGUACUGCAUGGUGCCCAAAGAGGAAUAUCCCACCUGCAUCAACUGUAAGCAGCCGUGCCUCGUCGACUUCCUCCCCGCCACCGGCGACGACAAGAAGGGCAGCACGGCCCAGUAA